CAUUGUACUACUGUUGUUUCAGAAAAUUGGACUUUCGAACAAUUCGCACAAGUAGCAAAAAUAUCCAACAGCAUGUGGCCCAACCCUUUUGUAUUCUUAAAUGUCUGGUGGCUGACAAACCCAACGUGUAAAGAAAUCUUUCAGCAAGAGAGCAUAAAGAACCUGAUAAACUCUAAGGAGCACUUUGAUCUUGUGAUAACAGAGUCCUCUUUUGGACAAGAAUCAAUGUUAGUGUUUGGGGACAGAUUUGGAGCACCAACAAUCACAAUACAGGGAUUAUCAAGUGUUCCUGCACUAAAUAGAGAUGCUGGUAAUGCCAUGUCAAUAGCUACAGUUCCUGAGAUGACAUCAUUCGUUGCAACAGACAAUAUGACUUUUGUGCAAAGACUAUUCAAUUUUGUGUCAAUCACAUGCUCUCUGUUUCUCUAUUACAACUAUCAGUUGCCCGCCCAAGACAAAAUCCUGCGAGAGUACUAUAUCCAAGAUGCACCCAGCGUUGCCGAACUGGUUGGAAAUGUCUCUCUAUACCUUAUCAACAGCCAUCCUGCUGUUGAGUAUCCGAGGCCAUACACUCCAAAUAUCAUCCCCAUCGCAGGCAUAACUAUUUCUCCUGACAGGACACCACUUCCCAAGGAUCUCAAGAAAUUUAUGGAUGACGCCAAGGAAGGAGUGGUGUACUUCAGCUUGGGGACAGUUGUGCCAGUUCAUGUCCUUCCAGAAGAGCUGCUUCAAGCAUUUGUCAGUGCUUUCAAGAAACUUUCACAGAAAGUUAUUUGGAAAAUUGAUCUUGAAAGUAUUCCAAAUCUUUCCAAAAAUGUGAUGCUUACGAAAUGGGUACCCCAACCUGGAGUGUUAGCUCACCCCAACUGUGUCUUGUUCAUGACACAUGGAGGAGCGUUCAGCCAACAGGAAGCCAUCCAUGCAGGAGUACCAACUGUUGGUAUUGCAUUUUUUGGAGAUCAGCCCGCCAAUGUCAAGUUUGCAGAGCACCGCGGUAUUGGUGUCAGACUAGCAUUUGACAACAUUUCAGAGGAAUCUAUCUCUACAGCAAUUAACAAGGUUUUGACAAAUCCCAAGUACAAAGAGAAUGCUCAGCGACUAUCUCGGAUAUUUCACGAUAGACCAAUGUCCUCAGCUGACUCAGCAGUGUUCUGGGUGGAGUAUGUGCUGAGGCAUGGAGGAGCUCAUCACCUGAGAUCUGCUGCCACACAACUGUCCUGGUACCAACUGGCUCUCCUGGAUGUCCUGGCAGCUGUCGUGGCUGUCAUUGUCAUCCUGUUUUUGGUCCUGUGGAAGCUUCUGUCAUUAGUCUGUGGUAGGAAAGGACAUAAACAUGUUUCCACAAGUAAGAAGAAAAACUAAUCAACUUGGGUUAAUUUGAGUGCUUUGAAAUGUAAUUGCGAAUUAAUUCCAAUACCGAAAAAGUGGAAUUAAUAGGUUGCAGGAGUACCUCAUAUCCUUGCUUAUUUAUUGAUUAGGAUCGGAGGCAUAUAAAAGGGUCUUAUCUAGUGACUUGCACGGAUUUAAAAUAAUUGUUAUUGAUGGUUUUUUUCGGUGAAUAUUGUAUAAUUUCCGAUCACAAUUAUUUUAUUAUUGAGAUACAUUUUCUACUAUGUUAUUAACUUGUGAUAAUUUUAUACUGUGUUUUAAUGUAAAUGUUUAAUAAUUACUGUACUUAUAUGGGUAAUACCAUGGCCCUUUUUUAAACAAUAUCGGUUUAUGUAACGUGUUGGCCACCAAGUGAGUCAGCUUCCGUCACCUAUGUUCAUCACCUUCAUCUCAUAAAAUACUUAAAAACACAAAAUUUUAGAUUCUGAUCAUUGAUGAGAUUACAUGUUUAAUUCCUUAUCAUCUUUUAAAUUUGUACUACAACCUGUGGUUACUAUAAUAAAACAGGAAGAGUUACGUUCAGGCCCAGAAGUACAAUGUGGCAGGUAAAACUGUGCCAGGGCCCAAGUUUUUGGAAAAAUGGAGGGGUACUGAGCCUGCAGAGCACAGAAAUGAGCAUCAUAGAAAAUAAAUAAUGUUAUUGUUUAUAGGAUAAGACAUUUUGUAAUAAUAAAGUAGUUUUAUACUGGUAA